AUGCAAGGCAAUGCUUCGCAUCCCUGCCGUGGCCGAUCGCUGAACGAUAACGCGGGAGAGAAUUAUUACUUAGCUCGCAAGAGCAACGCUUUGAGCUUUCGCGACAUUGAGGAGUGCAAGGCCAUGUGCUCAGCCACUGCUCGCUGGGAAUUGAACAGUCGUUGCACGGGCAUUGAGUGGUCACCUGGGCGCUGUGAGCUCUGGCAGGUGAUGAUUGAAGCUGUGAACCCGGCUGUCAGCACAUGUGGCCCAAAUCACGGGAGCCUCAACCGUCCCGGCAUCUGCCAAACACAUCACUUUUCAUUCACGAUGCGGUUCUAUUGGCUGGCUCUGUCCAGCCUUACCAGCCAGGGCAUUCGCGUUCAAGACAGCGACAGUCUGCAGCGCUUGUUGGGGAGUUGCGUGAAACCUUGGCUCCCAGAUGAGACUGCUUGUUCCGCCCGAAGCAUCAGAGAGAUGCCGACCCUCAUUGACGAGGCAGUGUACAGGGUGGAGUAUGCCAGUCAUCCAAUCACCAGCAACGGCCUCAAGUCCUUGUCCACGCUCCUCUCCUUCACCCACUCUGCCUUAGUCAUCACCGAGGCGUUGCAGGUCUUAUCUGCCGAGCAAACCCAGGCCUCCGCACUGCUCUUCGAGUACUUCGCUCGAGACUUUGGUCCCAAAGCAAUCCUCCCAGCUUCGAUCUCGGAUGGCGGCGUCCCGACUUGGGAGAACCAGGCGGUAGUGGGCUGGCGCCUGGCCGCAGAGAAAGGGGAGUGGCUGCAAGGUGCAAAUAGGACGACCGUAGGCACCGCCAAAGGAAAGAUCUUGAACCAGUGGUUCAGGGAGGUGGUCUUGUGGGGGAAAAGGCAUCCGGGCUACAACCUCUUCAAUCUAUGGGAUUCCACGGAUGUGGUGACACGGAAAUCGUACAUGGGAGACAGUGUCUGCCACUCUUUCACGGAGUGGAGCUUGGUAGACCUCUUCCGGCUUGGGGCCGACUUUUCGAUUCAGCGUCCAUUGUGCCGCAACUACUUCUCCUUCAUCACGGACGACAGCCCGACGAAGCUGAACAUGACCACCUCGGCCGAUUCGCAGACCGUCGCGGAGUUCUACAAAAGCCUCGAGCCCCUGACCUCCCAGAGCUUUCACGACAUCGCCGAGUUCGCCUCGAAUCUUCUCAGCGCGGUGAAGGGGGAGACCUCUCCAGAGAGCGGCGAGGUCGUGGGCCUUGGGGGUACUAGCUAA